UUCGCCGAGGACGGCUCCCGUACCGUGGCACAGGGCACAAAGCGGGAGGGCUGCACCAUCCUCUUCAUGAUGCUCUACUUCUUUGGCAUGGCCAGCUCCAUCUGGUGGGUCAUCCUCUCCCUCACCUGGUUCCUGGCCGCCGGCAUGAAGUGGGGCCAUGAGGCCAUCGAGGCCAACUCCCAGUACUUCCACCUGGCCGCCUGGGCCGUGCCAGCCAUCAAGACCAUCACCAUCCUUGCCCUGGGGCAGGUGGACGGGGAUGUCCUCAGCGGAGUCUGCUUUGUGGGCAUCAACAAUGUGGACGCCCUGCGGGGCUUUGUGCUGGCCCCCUUGUUCGUCUACCUGUUCAUCGGCACCUCCUUCCUGCUGGCCGGCUUCGUGUCCCUCUUCAGGAUCCGGACCAUCAUGAAGCACGAUGGCACCAAGACAGAAAAGCUGGAGAAGCUCAUGGUGAGGAUAGGCAUCUUCAGCGUCCUCUACACAGUGCCGGCCACCAUCGUCAUUGCCUGCUAUUUUUACGAGCAAGCUUUUAGGGAACAGUGGGAGAGGAGCUGGGUCACGCAGAGCUGUAAGAGCUACGCCAUCCCCUGCCCCAACAACCACAGCAGCCACCACCCACCCAUGAGCCCCGACUUCACCGUCUUCAUGAUCAAGUAUCUUAUGACCUUAAUCGUGGGCAUCACCUCGGGCUUCUGGAUCUGGUCUGGGAAAACCCUGAACUCCUGGAGGAAGUUUUACACCAGGCUCACCAACAGCAAGCAGGGCGAGACCACCGUCUGA